AUGGCCUCAUCAUUGUCCAGAUCUGUGCGGGCAAAUGCGCCUUUUCACUUUGCAGCUCCUAUACCAAGGUCUGCACCAAGUUUGGUGCGGCACGCCCAUGGCCUCACCCGGACCAGACUUUCUGGGCGGCAGGGAAGCCCAAACGACCGCCUUGCACUAUCACGACUCUGGUUCUUCUCGCAGUUUUUCAAAGGCUGGAAGCCAGCGACAGUGUAUUCGUUUACAAUCUCGCACCUCAAUAAGCCACGGCGAAUCCCUUGGCGUAUACGAAGCAGGUUCUACAUUCUCAUGAUCAGAGAACUUCUCAAUCGCAAGCAGUGGGUGCUUGCAUACAAGCUACAUGCAAGAAUGACAGCAGAGCGCGUGGAAGGUGCCAACGCUCUCUUGCCAGAGUUGGUUAUGGCAAGCCGGUUUAUGCCCGCGAAAUCUCCCGAAGUUGACGAAAUCAUUGCACGCUACGCCGAUCACGUGCGAGAACCUGAUGAUCAACUGCUCAAGCUUCUCAUUGCCCGUCUCGUUCGACAACGAGGGAGCAUGGAGGCCAUUAGCCAUGUUUUCAAGAGCAUAAAGGAGCGUAAAGGAGAAUCAUGGACACCAGGCUGGGAGAUAUGUAGCUUGAUGGCCCAAGCUGAAGCACAGUCUGGCAGUAUCAAAUCUGCACGACGCUGGUUCGAGCAAGCAAGGGAUCAGAUUGGGAACUAUAAGUGGGCUCCGAGUUGGCAAAAGGAAGCUAUACAUGUCAAACUACAAAUCGCCUAUACGCGCUUCCUCCUUGGGCUCAGCGAGCGUCAUGGGCGUGCACUUCUAAACGUCUUGAAAAAGAUGGAGUAUGACCAGGUUUUACCCGAGCGUAUACUGAUCAAUAAGCUCAUCGCCAAGGCGGCGAGUCAUGGACGGGCAGACGGCGCCUUCGCCCUCUAUCGAGCGAUGAAAUUCUCCAACCCACCGAUUCCCGGGAACAAACAUACAUUCUAUCAUCUCUUUUCCGCAUCUACAUACGCAGUGAGGGAUCGGUGGUUGUUGGAGAUGGGAGGCCGGAGACUUUAUAGGGAUAUGACACGCCAACACCUCAGUAACACCAAUCAUGCCCCUCACAAACCUUCCAACGUAUUCGACUGCUUUACGCUCAACGCCGCACUUCGAUUUUUCCUGCGGAAUAGGGACUACGCAGCUGCCACCGUCACUAUGCGGACCUUUCCCGUCUGCAACAUCCGUCCAACACAAAAGACACAAGAAGACGUUAUUGAGAGUAUUGUCUCUCGAAUAAAACAAGAGAUCAUGAAUGCAUCUCCAGAGCCGUUGCUUUGGGCAGAUAGAAUGCUAGGCGAGGUGAUACGACUAUGGCACUGGGAUCAUGAGCAAAGAAUCUCGAUCGUUGAAAAGCUUCAUCGUGCUGUGGGACAUGUCACCUCGUCCCUGACGAGUACUGGGGUCGAUUUACAGUUGAUACUCGCGCUCUUACGGAGAGCCGUUCUCGCCUCAGAGUCGCUAUGGCCGGGAAAAGACCCAGAGCUCGACAAACGAACAUUCGCUGCGGUCAUGGAAGAGGCAAGUCAAGACAUGCUGCCGCGCAAGGGGAAGCAUAGUCCAGGUUGGAGCAUGGUUACGUCUAGGUAG